AUGACAUCAUGUAAGAGACCUGCACAUGGUGACGAUGAUAAUAAUCUAGAAACAUAUAGAAUUUUCUGUUUGGAUACUUCUGUGAGCAACGAAGAAAACUUGAUGGCUCAAAAACAAUUGCGUAGCAUUAUUUGCCAACUACAAACAACAAUCGAUCCUGCAGAGUCUAUAGGUCGUGUCUGUUACAUUUGUCAAGAUAAUUUGACAGUCUUGAUUGUCACUGGUCAUGUAGGUUGCAUUAUGGUGCCCGAAAUACAGAAACUACAACAAUCAUCGUCAAUUUUCAUGUACUGCUUUAACAAAGAAGUAACUGAGCGGUGGAACCAACCAUUGAAUAAGGUUAAAGCUAUUUACAGUAAACUAGAUGAACUUAUUAAUGUAGUCCGAAUGGACCAGAAACAUCGCAGUAGAGUUGAGGAAUCAUUGGCAAUCGAUGUUUUAGAUCAAACUUCAGCAAAUUUAAAAGGGCAAUUCUUACAUUCUCAAAUGCUAGUUGAUAUUCUGAUUCAGAUGAAACGAAAUAAACACGAUAAACAUAAUUUCAUUGAAUUGUGCAAGAAUAAAUACAAAGACAAUAGAUCGGCUUUAAAUCUAAUAAAAGAAUUUGAUGUAGAAUAUCAACCGGCAAAAGCAAUCUGGUGGUAUAUGCGUGAUUCAUUUGUGUACGACAUGUUAAACAAAGCAUUAAGUGUACAAAAUUUGGACGUCUUAUUCCCUUUUCAUACUAUUAUUAAAGACAUUUUCGAACAAUUACGCGUACAUCAAUGUAAAGAACGGAUUCAAGUGUAUCGAGGACAGAUGUUAUCAAAAUUAGAUUUGAAAAAGUUAUGUAAAUCAACAGGAAGUUUUAUCUCAAUAAAAUCCUUUUUAUCGACAGCAUUAGAUCGUCGUAUCGCACUAAGACUUAUAAAGCGUAGCUUUCGUCCUACAACAUCUGGUGAUCUAGUACCAGUACUAUUCGAAAUCGAUGCUGAUCCACACAUAAUUCAAACUAUGAUUGACAAUAAUAGACCUUUUGCAAAAAUCACCAAACUGAACGACAAUGGAGAUGAACUAGAAGUAAUGUUCAUGAUUGGUUCAACCUUUAAAUUGAAUGAGGUUGUUCAAAGUGACUCAUCAGCUAGGGAUGAAAUCAUACCAAUCAUUCGAAUGACAUGGUGUAGUAAUUAUGAAAAUGAUUAUAAACAACUCUAUGACCACAUCAAGAAUGAAUACGAAAGAGAAGAAACGAAUCUACUCUCACUGGGUCAACUAGAAUAUAGAAUGGGCAAAUUUGACGUGGCUGAAAAAUACUAUCAUCAAUCGCUAAGAGAAUAUCCAUCGAAUGAUAUUUGUCGAAGUGCAAUUUAUCAUAAUCUUGGUAUGGCGGCAAAUGCAAAAGGUGAAUAUGAUACAAGUCUCGAAUGGUACAACAAAUCGGUUGGACUUCUUGUAGCCUCUCGUCCAUCUAAUCAUGUACGAAUCGGUAUCACAUACAACAGUAUGGGUAAUGUGUAUCGAAAUAAAGGAGAUCGCAGCCGAGCACUGAAAUUAUACAAUCGAGCGAUAUCGAUAUUCAAACACGCAGACGAUCAAAAUCAUCCAUAUGUAGCUUCGUUUUAUAAUAACAUUGGUAUUAUCUACUAUGAGGAGAAGAAAUAUUUGCAAGCACUUGAUUUUUAUGAAAAAUCUCUUAAUAUUAAAAAGAAGCAUUUGACAGCUGAUCAUCCUUUUUUGGGUGGCCCGUAUGACAAUAUUGGCAUUGUACAUCGAUAUCUCGGUCAAUAUGAUUUUGCAUUGAAAUAUUACAAUCGAUCAUUAGAAAUAAGAUUAAAGUCACUUCCUGAUCAACAUCCUGAUAUUGCUAUGACCUACAUGAACAUAGCAGUUGUUUAUGAAGAGAAAGAUGACUUUGAACAAGCAUUGGUAUUUUUUCAUAAGGCGCUAAAAAUCUACGAAGUCUCAUGGACUUUGAGUCACCCUGAUGUAGUUAACCUGAAGGAUGUUAUUCGAAGACUAGAGGAUAAAAUGAAGAGAACGGAAACAAAUAUAAAAUCCAAGACAAGAAAGUAG